AUGGACCUGUCAAUGUUUGUUCAUCAGUAUCUUAAAGUGGUAGAAACACAGCGCUCGGCAGAGCUAAAUGAAGAUAUGCGUUGCCGUGAAACAAUCAAGGUGUUAAGUUCCAGCGCAAUGGAGAAACAAGCAGCCAAUAUAUACACCCCCACAAUCUUCAACAUAUUUCAAGAAGAAUUAAUAAAAUGUUUGUCAGUGGCCAUAGAAGAAAUUGCUAGUGAUGGGACGAAUGCUACAUUCAAGCUGACAGAGGAAGGCCAGAAGGAGAGCAUUGUUGAACUCAGCUGUCUGGAUUCUAAUCUUGCAUGUAGCUGUAGGAAAUAUGAAUCAGAAGGAAUUUUAUGUGUCCAUGCCUUAAAGGUACUCAAUGCAAGAAAUGUCUUUCGUAUACCAGACCAGUACAUAUUAAAGCGGUGGACAAAAUGUGGUAAAGAUAGUGUGGCAGAAGUUGAGCAUGUUCAGAAGUUGGCUGGUCAGAAGCAACAGCCAAUGAGUUUGCUUUUGAAAAAAGCUUUGGAUGUCAUUUAUAAAACCUCUGCAUUUGAGGAUUUCCCAGAACAUAGCUAUGCAUUAUUUAGACGAGGCAUCAAAAAAGGUAGAAGCUGCGCUAAAAACAAAAAAACACAGAUCAUUUUAAAUCGAGAAGAGAUGGACUAGGCAUCAGCCUGCCAAAGGGCUAGAUACCAGCCUGUUUUCGUCAUCAUCUCAAAUGGAUAUUGGGAAAGUUAGGGUUGGAGGUUGUACGGCAAUAAGAGAGAGUUGGAACUAGAAACUGGGCAGGGAAGUUCAAGCUCAAAUGAUGAUGCAGAGAACCCUUUGGUUCAGAAGGCACGACGCUCGUGCAGAGUACGCAAGCCCAAACUCCAUGCAAUGUAACCUGUACCAAGAUGAAGCUCCGUGAGCUAUAGAAGCAUACGUUGUUGUUAAACUUGGAUCAGCAUGAUGAAGCUGAUGUAGUAAACUCAACUAUUAAAACUUUGAUUUGUCAUGCUUUCAUUAUGUAUAUAAAUAAAAAAGUGAAACACUACAGAGAAAAAGAAAAAGAGGGUGAGAGUUUAUAAUUUAUAUAAGCUUGUUGUUUAUACAAUAAAAAAAUAAAAAAGUUGUUUAUCUUCCCUAAA